CCAAGACAGUUCCGCUGGUUUAAUAAAAAGCUGUGAAUGGAAUAACGGAGGAGGGACUGGGGACUGCUUUCUUUCUCUCCCAUUUUUUCAUAAGACAUCACUCAGGGAUAAUCUUUUGUGGAUACUGCUGGAUUUUCUUCUCUAGGAUUUGGAUACUCUCUCUUUCUGGAAUAAGUGCCUCACAGUACAAAAGGAAUGAAAAGGAUUUCUUUAUAAGUGGACUUACUUAGCAUGUAUGGGUGUUAGUCUUUGAUCCUGUCAGAGUGGGACGUUGCUAGCAGAGGACUGAAGAGGGAGCAGUGCAAACUUGAAACAUGGUGCCUAAUAUUCACCUGUCAGGGCCUCUCCUGCCCAGAAGGGCAUCAUUAUUCCUGCUUCUACUCAGCUGCAUGGUGUUCUCCUCUCUGGCAGACAUACGAAGAGUCCCACCAAGAUUUGCCAUUCAACCCACCGACCAAGAAGUGAUACCAGGCGGUAGCGUCAGCUUGACCUGCGUGGCAGUGGGCUCGCCAAUGCCCUAUGUCAAGUGGAUGAUGGGUGGGAAGGAUCUGACCAAGGAGGACGAAAUGCCAAUAGGACGCAACGUGCUGGAAGUUACUAACAUCCAUGAAUCAGCCAACUACACCUGCAUAGGCAUGUCUUCUCUUGGCAUAAUAGAAGCGACAGCUCAGGUUACUGUGAAAGCCUUACCAAAGCCCCCCACCUCAGUAACUGUGACUGAGACCACAGCUACCAGUGUGACUCUUACAUGGGAUUCGGGGAACCCUGACCAGGUAUCCUACUAUAUGAUCCAAUACAGAGCCAAGUCCUCAGACAACGGCUACCAAGAAGUGGAGCGUGUGGCUACCACACGAUACAGCAUCGGUGGACUCAGUCCGUACUCUGAAUAUGAAUUUCGCGUCAUGGCUGUCAACAACAUUGGCCGCGGGCCUCCCAGUGACCCAGUGGAGACCCGUACAGGUGAACAAGCCCCCUCCUCACCGCCUCUGCACAUUCAAGCACGCAUGCUGAGUGCCAGCACAAUGCUCGUCCAGUGGGCACCACCAGAUGAGCCCAACGGGCAAAUUAGGGGUUACCGGGUCUACUACAGCACUGACAUGACGGCUCCACUUAGCGCCUGGCAGAAGCACAACACAGAUGUUUGCAGCCUGACAAUCAUCUCAGGGCUGAUUCCUGAUACCACCUACAGCCUCAGGGUGCUGGGCUUCACCUCUGUGGGUGACGGGCCACCCUCUGACAUCCUGCAAGUCAAAACACAGCAGGGAGUGCCUGCCCAGCCAUCUAGCUUUGAGGCUGAAGCUGUGCUGGACACACGCAUCGUACUAACUUGGCUGUGGCCAGUACAGGACCCCAUCACCAAGUAUGAGCUGCAGUACUGGGAGGCUGGCUCAGAUAACAAGAUACAUGUGACAUUCAACCCAGCGGGCUCCUACGCUGUGGAUGGUUUAAAGCCUGACACCUUGUACCAUUUCUCCCUGGCUGCUCGCUCUGAAAUGGGUUUAGGUGUCUACACUCAGCCCAUCGAGGCCCGUACCGCUCAGUCCAGCCUGCUAACUUUUAUCAAAUCCCCUGAGGACCAGAUGGGCAUUUCAGGCGGAGUUGCAUCGUUUGUGUGCCAGGCCACCGGAGAGCCCAAGCCCAGAAUCACCUGGAUGACAAACGGCAAGACACUAAGCUCUCAUCGCUUCGAGGUGAUUGAAUUUGAUGACGGCUCAGGCUCCGUACUGCGGAUCCAGCCGCUGCGCACCCACAGAGACGAAGCCAUUUACGAGUGCACAGCCACUAACAGCAUUGGCGAGAUCAACACCAGUGCCAAGCUUACAGUGCUGGAAGAGAACCAGAUCCCACAGGGGUUCCCCACCAUUAAUAUGGGCCCCCAGCUGAAAGUGGUUGAAAGGACCAGGACUGCCACAAUGCUGUGUGCGGCCAGUGGAAACCCAGACCCAGAGAUCUCCUGGUUCAAGGACAUGCUUCCUGUGGACAUCAGCAGCAGCAACGGACGCAUCAAACAGCUCCGCUCAGGAGCCCUGCAAAUUGAGAACACUGAGGAGUCUGACCAGGGGAAAUAUGAAUGCGUUGCCAUGAACAGCGCUGGAACCCUCUACUCUGCUCCUGCCAAUCUCUACGUCAGAGUACGAAGAGUCCCACCAAGAUUUGCCAUUCAACCCACCGACCAAGAAGUGAUGCCAGGCGGUAGCGUCAGCUUGACCUGCGUGGCAGUGGGCUCGCCAAUGCCCUAUGUCAAGUGGAUGAUGGGUGGGAAGGAUCUGACCCAGGAGGACGAAAUGCCAAUAGGACGCAACGUGCUGGAAGUUACUAACAUCCAUGAAUCAGCCAACUACACCUGCAUAGGCAUGUCUUCUCUUGGCAUAAUAGAAGCGACAGCUCAGGUUACUGUGAAAGCCUUACCAAAGCCCCCCACCUCAGUAACUGUGACUGAGACCACAGCUACCAGUGUGACUCUUACAUGGGAUUCGGGGAACCCUGACCAGGUAUCCUACUAUAUGAUCCAAUACAGAGCCAAGUCCUCAGACAACGGCUACCAAGAAGUGGAGCGUGUGGCUACCACACGAUACAGCAUCGGUGGACUCAGUCCGUACUCUGAAUAUGAAUUUCGCGUCAUGGCUGUCAACAACAUUGGCCGCGGGCCUCCCAGUGACCCAGUGGAGACUCAUACCGGUGAACAAGCCCCCUCCUCACCGCCUCUGCACAUUCAAGCACUCAUGCUGAGUGCCAGCACAAUGCUCGUCCAGUGGGCACCACCAGAUGAGCCCAACGGGCAAAUUAGGGGUUACCGGGUCUACUACAGCACUGACAUGACGGCUCCACUUAGCGCCUGGCAGAAGCACAACACAGAUGUUUGCAGCCUGACAAUCAUCUCAGGGCUGAUUCCUGAUACCACCUACAGCCUCAGGGUGCUGGGCUUCACCUCUGUGGGUGACGGGCCACCCUCUGACAUCCUGCAAGUCAAAACACAGCAGGGAGUGCCUGCCCAGCCAUCUAGCUUUGAGGCUGAAGCUGUGCUGGACACACGCAUCGUACUAACUUGGCUGUGGCCAGUACAGGACCCCAUCACCAAGUAUGAGCUGCAGUACUGGGAGGCUGGCUCAGAUAACAAGAUACAUGUGACAUUCAACCCAGCGGGCUCCUACGCUGUGGAUGGUUUAAAGCCUGACACCUUGUACCAUUUCUCCCUGGCUGCUCGCUCUGAAAUGGGUUUAGGUGUCUACACCCAGCCCAUCGAGGCCCGUACCGCUCAGUCCAGCCUGCUAACUUUUAUCAAAUCCCCUGAGGACCAGAUGGGCAUUUCAGGCGGAGUUGCAUCGUUUGUGUGCCAGGCCACCGGAGAGCCCAAGCCCAGAAUCACCUGGAUGACAAACGGCAAGACACUAAGCUCUCAUCGCUUCGAGGUGAUUGAAUUUGAUGACGGCUCAGGCUCCGUACUGCGGAUCCAGCCGCUGCGCACCCACAGAGACGAAGCCAUUUACGAGUGCACAGCCACUAACAGCAUUGGCGAGAUCAACACCAGUGCCAAGCUUACAGUGCUGGAAGAGAACCAGAUCCCACAGGGGUUCCCCACCAUUGAUAUGGCCCCCCAGCUGAAAGUGGUUGAAAGGACCAGGACUGCCACAAUGCUGUGUGCGGCCAGUGGAAACCCAGACCCAGAGAUCUCCUGGUUCAAGGACAUGCUUCCUGUGGACAUCAGCAGCAGCAACGGGCGCAUCAAACAGCUCCGCUCAGGAGCCCUGCAAAUUGAGAACACUGAGGAGUCUGACCAGGGGAAAUAUGAAUGCGUUGCCAUGAACAGCGCUGGAACCCGCUACUCUGCUCCUGCCAAUCUCUACGUCAGAGUACGAAGAGUCCCACCAAGAUUUGCCAUUCCACCCACCAACCAAGAAGUGAUGCCAGGCGGUAGCGUCAGCUUGACCUGCGUGGCAGUGGGCUCGCCAAUGCCCUAUGUCAAGUGGAUGAUGGGUGGGAAGGAUCUGACCAAGGAGGACGAAAUGCCAAUGGGACGCAACGUGCUGGAAGUUACUAACAUCCGUGAAUCAGCCAACUACACCUGCAUAGGCAUGUCUUCUCUUGGCAUAAUAGAAGCAACAGCUCAGGUUACUGUGAAAGCAGGUACAGACUGAUCCACAGCAGUUGCCAAUGUGGCCCAGCAGAUCCAGAUCAGGAUCAACAUGGACAGGAUCAAGAUCGUGGUUAGGAUCCACCCUGGCAGCCAAGGGCUCCUGAGGAGAAAAAGACCAAAGCGUAAGCCUGCUCCUCUGUGAAUGACAUACGCCACUAAGAAAAGCCAUGAUUAUGAAAGGAUUUCAAACACAAUAAUCUUUUAUACUAAUGUGUUAUUUUACUCAGUAUUAAGUCUUGUUGUGAGCUUGUGUACAAUAUCAUUUUUAAGUUACAACACAAUAAAUACCUUCCUGAGACUGA